AUCACCUACAUUCUUACACCAGCGGCAUGACGUACCACAUGUUGAAAACAUCAACAACCCGGACCACCAACAUGCACCGAGUCACCAACCACCACCGAGCCAGCGACGCGACGCACCACAUGCUGAUGUUAGCAUUACUGAUUUUGGGCAGCAUGUGUUUACAAACAUGUGUUGUUUUUCAUUCUCAGACCGAUCCAGGACAAUAGGCCACUUUGUUUAGCAUAAAUAAUCUACAUUUGAAAACGAACUGUACCUUUUUAAACUCAGACAAGAAAUAAAGAAUCAGAGUUAUUUUGUGACCCGAACUGUAUAGAUGUUUAACUGGAGGCUCCGGCGAGAUUCCACAUCGGGAAUAGUAUAAGUGAUUUGUGUUUCAAAAAUUCUAAAAAAGUGCUUAGUGCAUUGUAACUGUGGUGGAAGGAGCCACGGAACCAAGAAGAUCACCAAGCGAGGAGACGGACACUGUGGAUUUCACCCGAUCGAUAGGAGGGCCCUUAGUAGCAGAAGCAGCAACAGCAGCGGAGCAAACAGGAUCAUCCCGGACUAUCUGCCGCUUCUCCCCCGAUAGUGGACGCCGCCAAAAAAGUCCGGAUUCAUCAAUGCCGGCCGAAUCAAGGACACGGUCCUAUAUACUCCUGCUACUAUUCAUUAUUCGACCCGUAGUGCUGGAAACAAAACAUGACGUGAAAAUUCAUCUACAGAACUUAGGACGACAACCUAUCCUGAUAUUUCACCAAGGAGAAGGACGACUCAGACUGGACUACAAAUAUUAUAUACACCAUUUUAAUCUCACCAUCAUUAGAACACAAAUCAAAGGCCUCAGAGAUCAAUUUGAUAACUUUAGCAAAAACCAGUUCACGGAUUUAAUAGUUGAAAAAUUUAACGAAAUAGAUUUCGCUUUAAAAAGCAUAGACCCAAUUAGAAGACAUAAGCGCUGGGAUAGUUUAGGUACGAUUUGGAAAUUCUUAGCUGGUAGCCCAGACGCCAACGAUUUGAAAAUUAUAAAUUCAUCCAUAAAUAAUCUCAUCAUUAAUAAUAAUGAACAAGUAAAAAUAAAUCGCGAAGUUAAUUUACAACUAAAAGAGGCUAUAUUUCAAACAAAAAAAGCAAUACAGUUAUUUAACGUUAGAUCAAUAGAAAUGUACUGUACUAAACUCUUAUUUCACUUGAAUUUCUUGUCUGAAAAACUAAAUCAAAUUAUUAAUACUAUAAUGCUAGCUAAAUUAGGAUUAGUUAAUGAACAAAUUUUAAGCCAAAGAGAAAUUGACAUUUUAAUUACAGACUUAGCUAGGGAAAAUAUUACAGUUCACACUGCUGUGGAGGCAACAAAUUAUGCGACGACGUCGGUAGCAUCGAAUAACUUAGAGAUUGCCCUUAUCAUCAAGAUGCCAAAGCUAGACCCAAGGAUUUUCAACAAGAUACGUCUAUACCCCAUCAUACACAACAAUAAGAAAGUACAUACACUCCAUCAGCUUUAUCUAACCCACGAUGAUGAAAUUUACCGAAUAGGUUCAAUCGAACCAACCAUAUUCGCUACACACGAAAUUCAGCUGGAUAAUACAACUUGUAUACCGAAAUUGUUAAAAGGAGAACCUGCGACUUGCAAUUACACAUCAAACCCAAUCGAAGAAGAAGUCCUUUACCUUGACGAGCGACAUAUACUUAUAAACACGAUGAAAAAUUUCACUUUAUCAUCUAACUGCGGAAUAACUCAAAGGAAUCUUUCAGGAUCAUUUGUUAUAUUCUUCAGCAACUGUCAACUAUACGUCAACAACGUUUUAUACACAUCGAGAGUACAAACCUUACCAGAAUACAUCAAUGAAACCGGAAGCAGUACAACUACCAUUGGACAACAUCCGACCCACGUUCAGGACUUUGUCAAUCAGAGACGUGAUUCAGAUGGAACCGAAUCACCGAAUCACCGAGUCACCAACCACCACCGAGCCAGCGACGCGACGCACCACAUGCUGAUGUUAGCAUUACUGAUUUUGGGCAGCAUGUGUUUACAAACAUGUGUUGUUUUUCAUUCUCAGACCGAUCCAGGACAAUAGGCCACUUUGUUUAGCAUAAAUAAUCUACAUUUGAAAACGAACUGUACCUUUUUAAACUCAGACAAGAAAUAAAGAAUCAGAGUUAUUUUGUGACCCGAACUGUAUAGAUGUUUAACUAGCGCAACAGGCGCAAAUAAAAAUCAAUACCAGCGAAAAGGGACUGUUUCUCUUUCCGUCUUUAGCUUCCAACAAGAUAAGCGUGUCAGAUGUUUCCAUCCGAGCCUUAUGAGUUAUGUUUAGAUAAGACCCAAGCGAGAGCACCGGGCCACCCAAGGGUUGCUAGUUUGAUCAAGUGCGGCCCAGAUAGGGAGCCAGACAAAAAUAAAUAUUUACUGACGGCAAUUAGCUAAGUUAGGUUUGUGCCUUAUCGCAUGAAAUGUGCGAAGGGCCGAAAAAGGAAAAGGCGUGAAAACCACAGCGUUUAUUUAGAUUCCCAUGUGGGAGUCAAAACCUAAUUGCUAACCGCAUGGUCUCGCGCCUUACCGCGUGAGAGCGAAGAGUCGAAGACCAAAUAGGACGCUGAACGAAUGCGUUUAAGCGAUAAGCGGCAUUUAUGACGCACGCAAAUUAGAGCAUAUGUUUGUUUGGGAUCCUACGCGGUGGCGUAGUGGAGGAAGAGAAAACAGAAAUUUCCACGCUGGUAGAUUAGAUUAGGACCGCACGAAAUAGGCGGGUAAAUUAUUAUCAGGAUGUUUGUUGACAUCCUAAAUAUGAACAAGGGCAUACACGCCAAUACGCUAGAACAACUUAGGGAAAAAUAAUCAGGCAUAUGUUUACGACAGGCGUAAACAUGCGCAAAGCACACUAAUUUGUUUAGGUCCCGUCUUCUUCGGCGCACCAGAGAUAAGCGCGAAUGACGGGAGACGCAUAGGACCGCAAACAAGUGGAAAAGGUUCCAUGCGGUAAAUACAGAUAACCGAUAUAUUUCGGUUAUCUGAAUAGGAAACAGCUGGGAAAAAUCCCACGCUGAGAAAUUCGGAGGCAGAUAACCACGUGGUUGGUUAUCUGUGAGAAUAGGAAAGGGAGAUUGUUCUCUCCCUUAAAAAACAUGUAUAUAUAGUUUA